GUUGUGUUAAAGAUCAUUAAACAUUACCAAGAAGAAGGACAGGGGAAUGAAGUGGUCCAGGGAGUGCUGCUGGGUCUUGUGGUGGAUGACAGACUUGAAAUCACAAAUUGCUUCCCUUUCCCUCAGCAUACGGAAGAUGAUGCAGACUUCGAUGAAGUUCAAUACCAGAUGGAAAUGAUGCGAAGCCUUCGCCACGUAAACAUUGAUCAUCUUCACGUUGGCUGGUACCAGUCCACGUACUAUGGCUCUUUUGUCACUCGUGCCCUCCUGGACUCCCAGUUCAGUUACCAGCACGCAAUUGAGGAGUCUGUAGUUCUCAUUUACGAUCCCAUUAAGACUGCCCAAGGGUCCUUGUCACUAAAGGCAUAUCGACUGACUCCCAAACUGAUGGAAGUUUGCAAAGAAAAAGACUUCUCUCCAGAAGCCUUGAAAAAAGCCAAUAUUGCUUAUGAAAACAUGUUUGAAGAAGUGCCCAUUGUAAUUAAGAAUUCGUACCUGAUCAAUGUGAUGUUGUGGGAACUGGAAAAGAAAUCCGCAGUAGCCGAUAGACAUGAAUUGCUCAGUCUGGCUAGCAGUAAUCACCUAGGGAAGAGUCUGCAGCUGCUCAUGGACAGAGUGGAUGAGAUGAGCCAAGACAUUGUUAAAUACAAUACUUACCUGAGGAAUGUAAGCAAACAGCAGCAGCAGAAACACCAGUACCAGCAGAGACGUCAGCAAGAAAAUAUACAGCGUCAAAGCCGAGGAGAAGCCCCUCUUCCUGAGGAAGACAUCAACAAACUUUUUAAACCACCACAGCCGCCUCCAAGAAUGGAGUCACUCCUUAUUGCAGGUCAAAUUAAUACCUAUUGCCAGAAUAUUAAGGAGUUCAAUGCACAGAACCUGGGCAAGCUUUUCAUGGCUCAGGCUCUCCAAGAUUACAACAACUGAAGAAACUUUGCUGUAUCCCUCAACAGGAGGAGUUCUUUACUGUUCUAUACUGUUCAUGAUCCUCUUGAAAAUUUAGUAUAUUGGGAAAAGUCUUGUAAAACAGAGUCACCUUGGUUUGUGUAGAAUUCUCCUGUAAGAAAAAUAAAGGCAAAUUUUAAUGAUA